AUUUAUUAAAAACAGUACACAGGAAAAAUGAGGAAGAUAGCAAUCACCAAUCAACUUAACUGUGAAGAAGUUGAAGUGAAACGGCUUUCAGUCCGGGGACUGCUUCCGGAAACAGACUACUACAUGACAUAUGACGGUUCAACGACCAUGCCCGCCUGCUAUGAGACGGCAACGUGGCUCAUCCUGAACAAGCCUAUCUAUAUCACGAAGCAACAGAUGCAUGCGCUGAGAAGGUUAAUGCAAGGCGAUGCGAAGCAUCCGAAAGCCCCCCUGGGAAACAACUUCCGACCGCCGCAGCCCCUUCACCAUCGGCCUGUCAGAACCAACAUAGACUUUAACGUCAAACAUCCAGGAGUGAAUGGGAAACAGUGCCCUAGCAUGUACAAAGAUGUUCACUACAAAGCCAACAGUUGGAGGCAGCACUGAGGAAGACGAUAUAAAGUCAGAGACUUUAUGUAAAGUAAAAUCGGUUAAUUGGUUGAUCAGAAAGACCUCAGCGUCGGACACCAGUGAGUGUUUCUAAUAAGUUCGAACUGUGGAGAAAUCAAACAUAUCACUUUGUAAAUGACUACAUACAAGAAUAAAUGAAAGUAAUAAAUUUAACGGUUAAAAAUAAUAAUAAAAAAAAGAAAUGAACCAGAAAAUGCAUCGGUCACGUGAAAAAGACUAUUAGGCAAUGAUUAAUUAAAUACGUACAAAGUAGAAUCAGUGAAUUAUUUUACGUACCCACCUUUUUUAUGGCCUGGUCGUUCUCUGAAUUGAAACAUAUCCUGAAAGUAUUUGUCGUUGCAGAAAUUUGUCGGAAAGUUCAAUUAAGGAUGAAUCAAAAUUGGAGGAAGUACCUACAUGCCCGAAAUAAAAAUGUUCAGUCUCUCAUAGUCUCUGAAAGCGAGACUCGAGUCUCCGUCUCUCAUCGAGUCUCUCUGGUGUCGCUGAGAGAAACUGUCGAGAGACUGUCUAAAAAACUGUCUCGAGUCUCUGAGCGAGAGACUCGAGUCGCUUAUACAAAAAUCCUCAUUUCGUAUACAGUCUCUGAACGAGAGACUCGAAUCUCU